GUAGCCUCCAGAACGAGCAGCGUCAUUCACUAUCUGCAGCCAAUUCAUACAGAUAAUAUAGGAAACAUAACUUCUUCAAGUGACUUUAUCAUUAGUUCACAAAAAUGCCUCGUCCUAUAUUAUAUACCACAAACGCUAGUCCUCCAUGUCGAAGUGUUUUGCUAGCAGCUGCAGCUGUGGGACUUGAAUUGGAUACUCGCGAAAUAGACCUUAAAGCGAAAGAAACAAUGAAGCCGGAAUUUAUUAAGCUGAAUCCUCAGCACACUAUUCCAACUUUAGUCGAUGAAGGAUUUGUGCUCUGGGACAGUCAUGCUAUCAUGGGCUACUUGGUCACUAAGUAUGGAAAAAGUGAUUCCUUGUACCCAAAGGAUCCUCAAGUUCGGGCGAAAAUUGAUCAGUUUCUUCAUUUUGAAACUGGGUACCUUUUCAAUACUUUGAGAACCAUUGGGAGACCUAUGUUUCUUCACGGUGAGGCUAAUGUUACUGCUGACAAAAUAGAACUUUUGAACAGCACUUAUGAGAUUUUGGAAAAUCUUCUCGAAGGUCGAAAAUGGAUGGUUGGUGAUUCGUACACUUUGGCUGAUAUAAGUUGUGUUUCCACUCUCUCAAGUCUUACCGCUUUUAGACCACUGGAUAAAUACCCAAACAUUCAAGCAUGGUUGAAAAAUUGCGAAGAAACUUUGCCAAACUAUGCACAGAUAAAUCUCCCAGGAAACCAAAUUAUUCACCAAAUUAUAGGUGCUAUUUUAAAAAAGCCUUUGUAAACAAAAGACAAAUCCCCAUUUCUACUGAGAAAUGAAGUUAUGUACUGAAAAACUAUAAUCAUUAUGAUUUAUAUGUGCUGAUACGUUUAUAUUACUACUCACAGUCUUUAUUAUUAAAUUUAUUACUCUGUGUCGACAAAUUUUAUUGCAGUCUGGUGGCAGAUCUAAUCCAGGUCUGGCCUUAUCUAGAGCUAGACCGUCUAUUUUGGAAGGCCUGCUCUGGCCCAGUACUAGUGCUACUAUAAGCUUCCAAAGUUUUCCUUGAAAUUAGCAGAUCAGAUAAAUACAUUUACAGCAAGCAGCUGACCCGCCUAUAGCUAAUGACGAAUUGACAUUAAAUACUAGCACUUGACCUUGCGGUCUAGCCUGGGACUAGCAAAAAAAAAACGUUGCACAUUUUGUCAUUGU